AUGCCAACUUUCGUUCUGAUUAAAGAAGGCAGAGAAAUGGAACGAAUUCAGGGAGCAAAUCCGCAAACACUAUACUUAGUUAACAGUAUGCACUAUUCUUCCGCAUCAAAUCCAAAUGCUGCCAGAGACCGUGAAAAGUUCUUCCCACAGGAGUUUGUACCUUAUGUUAACAAGAUUUUGAUCCCUGCUGACGAUUCGCGACAACAAGCUACUGAUGAGAAUGGUGUUCUUAACCGCUUCAAGUUGGCGAAAGGUUCUGUCAUCUUCAUCUCUAACGUUAUUUUGUACGCGUAA